GCGCCGCGCUUCCGCCUCCCUGACAUUCCGCCUGCCUCACGUGUUUGCUGUGUAUAAAAGGGUCUCUCGCUCUUCUCAUCAUGUCCAGUGUGUCACCAGACAAGCGGCUGAAGAUGGAAUCAGCGUUGAACCAGUUGAAGAAAUGCACCGUGGUUGUGGCCGACACGGGAGAUUUUAACGCCAUUGAGGAGUACAAGCCUCAAGAUGCCACCACUAACCCAUCUCUUAUCCUGGCUGCUGCUAAGAUGCCAGCCUACCAACAGCUCGUGGAUCAAGCUAUUAAGUAUGGCAUCGCCAAAGGCGGAACUGAAGAGGAGCAAAUAGCCAACACCAUGGACAAGCUGUUUGUGACUUUCGGGCUAGAGAUUCUCAAGAAGGUCCCAGGCAGAGUCUCAACUGAGGUAGAUGCCAGACUCUCUUUUGAUAAAGACGAAAUGGUUACCAGGGCCUUAAGGCUAAUCGCUCUGUAUAAAGAGGCAGGCAUCAGCAAGGAGCGUGUACUCAUUAAGCUGUCCUCGACAUGGGAAGGAAUCCAGGCUGGCAAGGAGCUUGAGGAGAAGCACGGUGUUCACUGCAACAUGACGCUGCUGUUCUCUUUUGCUCAGGCUGUGGCCUGCGCAGAAGCAAAUGUCACACUAAUAUCACCCUUUGUCGGACGCAUCUUUGACUGGUACAAGGAGAAUACAGACCGCAAAAGCUAUGAGCCACAUGAAGACCCAGGUGUGGUGAGUGUGACCAAGAUCUACAACUACUACAAGAAGUUUGGCUACAGCACAGUGGUGAUGGGCGCUUCCUUCAGGAACACAGGACAAGUUAAAGCCCUGGCAGGCUGUGACCUGCUCACAAUCUCCCCUGGACUGUUGGCAGAGCUCAGCAAGGAUCACAGCACUGUCACAGAGACACUUAAUGCGGAUACAGCCAAGGCAUGUGAUCUGGAGAAGAUUCACCUGGAUGAGGCAGCUUUCCGCUGGCAGCACAACGAGGACCGCAUGGCUGUGGAGAAACUGUCCGAUGGCAUUCGAAAGUUUGCUGCUGAUGCCGUCAAACUGGAGUCCAUGAUCAAAGAGAAAAUGCUCAGCGUGAAGAACGGCCAGUAAUGGACAUUAAUCUGCAUCUGCGACUGAUAAGAAGUUAGGAGUCUGUUGUUGUCUGUCUCCGCUCUGCUAGAAGGUCCAAAGCACCAGAAGGCCUUCAUUCUCUUUAUAUGACCAAACUACAGGGACCUUUCCGCUCCUAGGAUAGAACUGACCAAAUAUAGAUUACUACCAGUACUGAUGUGGGUUGUUGUAAAAUAGUCUUGUUUACUAGAAACUUGAAUUAUGUAAAAUUACAGAAUAAAUGUCCUUGUACAACUUGGUUUAGUCUCCUUAAGUCAUCAUGUGACCUCUAAACAUGCCCUAUGGGCCACAGAUUUUCUACGGACUGGCUGAUAAAAACAGAUGUACCAUCAUUCCUCAAAAUGUUCCAUUGUGCUCUUUGAAUUCAAAUAAAUGUCUUGGCCCAUA